GGCAUUGAGUUCUGCCCUCCCAGCUGCGGGCCGCCACCAAGGACACCAUGAGCCAGUCAGGAGCCAUGAGCUGCUGCCCUGGUGCUGCCAAUGGCAGCCUGGGCCGGUCCGAUGGUGUGGCUAAGAUGAGCGCGAAGGAUCUGUUUGGUGAGUGAAGCUGGAGCUGGGGCCAGGCUGGGGAAGUAGGGGACUGCCUGGCCCUGGCCCAGAGGACCUCAGGCUUGGUCAGCCCUGGGUACCUGGAGGAGGCCUCUGACAGCUUGUGAGGUCUGUCCCCAAAGUUCCUGGCACAGAACACCCCUCCCCCAGCAGUAAGGGGAGAGCCCUUUACAAAUAAUUCAGAGAGCAACAGUAUUGAUUCCCCUGGGCGUCUCUGCAACUCGAUCGGGCAGGUGGCCGGUGGCCAGGUGUCUCUCCAGGAGGGAGCCAGGCUGCCCUCCCGGCUGGCCGCAGCCCUCACUUGUGCCUUUGGAGGCUGCAGCCACCCACCGUCUGGACAGCAAGAAGCCCUAGAAAGGAGGAUUCUGGUGGUGGCUCUGAGGGUGGCAAGCCCUGGCCUAGACCUCUCCCCUGGGAAGGGGGGCUCCGGGGUUGGCCAGCCUCCGGUGAGGCUGAGCCUCCAGUCCCCCAGGACAAGUCCCAUAGCCUCUGGCUGCCCUCCCUCUCAGAGCCAUGGGUGUCCCCCUGGGCUGAGCCUGGGCUGGAUGGAGCAGAGGGCUUCCUGAGGGUCCUCGUGGUCUGAGCAGGGUCCUCGAGGGUCUCACACCUCCAUCCUUGGUGUUCAUGAGGGGCCCAAGAGAAGCACCCCUUACCUUGACUCCACCCUCCCUUGCGCGCCCCUGGGGUCCAGUCCCACCUGAACUGGGGGCUGGCGGUCCUGAGAUCUGGGCUGAGUGGCCACCAUCUCCCCGUCCAGAGCAGAGGAAGAAGUACUCCAACUCCAAUGUCAUCAUGCACGAGACCUCCCAGUACCAUGUCCAGCACUUGGCCACAUUCAUCAUGGACAAGAGCGAGGCCAUCACAUCUGUGGACGACGCCAUCCGGAAGCUGGUGCAGCUCAGUGCCAAGGAGAAGGUCUGGGCGCAGGAGGUGCUGCUGCAGGUGGACGACAAGGCCCUGCGGCUGCUGGACGUUGAGAACCAGGAAGAGCUGGAGAACUUCCCGCUGCCCACCGUGCUGCGCAGCCAGACGGUGCUGAACCAGCUGCGCUACCCCUCGGUGCUGCUGCUGGUGUGCCAGGACUCGGAGCAGAGCCGGCCCGACGUGCACUUCUUCCACUGCGACGAGGUGGAGGCGGAGCUGGUGCAGGAGGACAUCCAGAGCGCGCUGGCCGACUGCCGGAUGGGGAAGAAGUUGCGGCCACAGACCCUGAAGGGGCACCAGGAGAAGAUCCGGCAGCGGCAGUCCAUCCUGCCGCCUCCCCAGAGCCCAGCUCCCAUCCCCUUUCAGCGCCAGGCUGGGGACUCUCCUCAGGCCAAGAACCGCGUGGGCCUGCCAGCACCCGUCACAGAGCCAGGCUACCGCCGCCGGGAAUCGCAGGAUGAGGAGCCUCGGGCGGUGCUGGCUCAGAGGAUAGAGAAGGAGACGCAAAUCCUCAACUGCGCCCUGGAUGACAUCGAGUGGUUCGUGGCCCGGCUACAGAAGGCGGCCGAGGCCUUCAAGCAGCUGAACCAGCGGAAGAAAGGGAAGAAGAAGGGCAAGAAGGGGCCGGCAGAGGGUGUCCUCACGCUGCGUGCCCGGCCCCCCUCUGAGGGUGAGUUUGUCGACUGUUUCCAGAAAACCAAGCUGGCCAUCAAUCUGCUGGCCAAGCUGCAGAAGCACAUCCAGAACCCCAGUGCGGCUGAGCUGGUGCACUUCCUCUUCGGGCCUCUGGACCUGGUGCUGGGGCUGGGGCGGAUCGUCAACACCUGCGGAGGCCCAGACAUGGCACGCUCCGUCUUCAGCCCGCUGCUGUCCCAGGAGGCUGUGGCCUUCCUACGUGGCCACCUGGUCCCAAAGGAGAUGUCACUGUGGGAGUCCCUGGGGGACACCUGGACCCGGCCCCGCUCUGAGUGGCCGAAGGAGCCACAGGUGCCCCUGUACGUGCCCAAGUUCCACAGUGGCUGGGAACCGCCUCUGGAUGUGCUGCAGGAGGCUCCCUGGGAGAUGGAAGGACUGGCCUCUGGCCCCGAUGACCAGCCCACCCCUGUGAGCCGACUCUCCAUAAGAAACUCCCCGAAACACAGUCUCUCCUCUGAGUCCACACCCCAGGGGGACGUCUUCCCACCAGUCAGCUCCCCACAUUCUCACAGGGGCCACCAGCCAACAUCAGCCCCGGCCAAGUACGUGAAGAUUCUCUACGACUUCACAGCCCGCAAUGCCAACGAGCUGUCGGUGCUCAAGGAUGAGGUCCUAGAGGUCCUGGAGGAUGGCCGGCAGUGGUGGAAGCUUCGCAGCCGAAGUGGCCAGUCUGGCUAUGUGCCCUGCAACAUCCUGGAUGAGGUUCGGCCAGAGGACAUUGGUGCCCCCCUGGAGCAGGCCAGCCAGAAAUACUGGGGUCCCGCCAGCCCGAUGCAUAAACUGCCCCCUAUCUUCGCAGGGAACAAAGAUGAGCUGAUCCACCACAUGGAUGAAGUCAACGAUGAGCUCAUGAAGAAAAUUAGCCACAUCAAGGCACAGCCGCAGAGGCACUUCCGCGUGGAGCGCACCCAGCCAGUGCACCUGCCACUCACCUUUGAGUCCGGCCCGGAUGAAGUCCGGGCCUGGCUAGAAGCCAAGGCCUUCAGCGGCCGGAUCGUGGAGAACCUGGGUAUCCUGACCGGACCCCAGCUCUUCUCCCUCAACAAAGAUGAGCUGAAGAGGGUGUGCGGGGAGGAGGGCAUCCGCGUGUACAGCCAACUCACAGUGCAGAAGGCGAUGCUGGAGAAGCAGCAAAGUGGGUCGGAGUUGGAAGAACUCAUGAACAAGUUUCAUUCCAAGAACCAGAGGAGGGUGGAGGACAGCUAGACCUGGUGGACUGUUGCCACCCUUGCUGCAGAGGGAGGCAGCACGGGUGGUGGGCCCGCUCCCAGUGCACGGAGUAUUAUUUUAUAUGUGUAUUAUUUUAUACUGAGGACUCACAUGGGCUGGAUGGGGUGCUCAUCUGCCUCUAGGCGGUUGGCUUAUCUUCAGGCUGGGCCAGGCCCAUGGAUGGCCUCUCAGCUGCAAGCCACUCACCCACCCAAACCAAGGCCUCUCCCAGCCAAACCUGCCACCUAGCAGUGCCAGCCUCCAUCCAUCAGCCCUAGGCCACAGGACCCCCCAGGUGGGCAGGGCCUCUCUGGCCUCCCUGUGCUGAUGUCGGCUCCUGGCCUCUGGAGUUUGACACUCACCACCUGCUGCUUGAUUUCAUAUGCACCUGCUCCCAGCUGUUCCCACCUGUCUCAGGUGGGCCAGAGCUCCAGGCUGCUUAGGCUGGUGACCUGGACUCCAGGUUUGUCCCCCACAGGAUGCUGUCCCCAAAAAAUGGCCUGCAGGGGCUCCAGGACAGGAAGCCACAGUUGCCCCACCGGUUAGGGGCAUGCUGUGCCCUCACCCUUUCAAAGACCAAGGCGCGAGGGCUGUAGACACCCACUCCCAUCCAGCAGAGCCCAGACAGGAACUUUCUCUGACCACAUCUCAGGCCAGCUAAGCACUGCACGCUGGUGACUGGUGAUCUUAGAGCCCUGGGCAGAGCCUCACAUCCAGAAAUGAGGGUGGGGGCUCUAAGGCCACAUUAUUAAACCAGUUUCUCCUGGAAGCCA